UCUCCUCCCCCCUACAGACUGUGUCUGGAGGCGAGGGACCCGUACUGUGGGUGGGACUUCAGGCAGCGUCGCUGCACCUCAUUGGAGGAGAGCUCCAACAUGAGCCAGUGGAAGCAGAACAUCACCGUGUGUCCGCUGCGGAACCAAACCACCAAUGGCGGCUUCGGACCCUGGGCGCCAUGGCAGCCGUGCAACAACGACGACGGAGCGGAGGGCGUGAGCUCGUGCUCGUGUCGCUCCAGGUCAUGUGACAGCCCGCCCCCCCGCUGUGGAGGCCGGAACUGUGAGGGCCCCACCAUCGAAGUCUCCAACUGCUCCAGAAACGGAGGCUGGACGCCGUGGUCGUCAUGGGGACAGUGCAGCACUUCCUGCGGUACCGGCUUCGAGCUUCGUCAGCGUUCCUGUAACAACCCGUCACCUCGACAUGGAGGACGGGUGUGUGUGGGACCGAGCCGGGACGAGAGGUAAAUAAUACAGAUAAUAUUUAUUGUUCAAACUAACGGUCAAAACACAACAAGUCUUUAGUCUCAAGUAGACCGAGUCUUUAGUCUCAAGUAGACCGAGUCUUUAGUCUCAAGUAGGUUGAGUCUUUAGUCUCAAAUACAUUGAGUCUUUAGUCU